AUGGGUCUAGACAAUCCCAACAUGUCGAGCGCCUCCACCGCCGAGCGCGUCGUGCUCAGCGCCAAGGCCGUCGUCGCGCCCGCCUCGUCGCUGUCCGCCGCCCUGCUCGAGUCGGAAGCCGCUGCGCUGCGACGGCGCACGUCCAUCCCCAGCACCUUCUCAUUCGGUGGGGUGGACCACGCCAUUCCAGCCGCCGACAACGGCCAGCGGCGCUGGCGCAGCUUUGACGCGGCCGUCGCGGACAACGCGGCCGCGUCGUCAGCACUCGAGCUGCUCUCGCGCCGCAUCCAGCAAGAGAGCCAGCACGUCUUGAAGCGCAAGGCGCGGCUGUCCAAGCGCCGCGAGCUCCUGCGCAGCGUCAGCUGCUGGCUCAGCUCGAGUCGCCGCGACCAGGUCGCGCUGCUGCAGAUGCAGCUCGUGGCCGAAGUCGCAACGGGCAACCGCCUGCUAGCCGUGCUCAGCGACAUGCGGACAAUGCUGGCGCUGGACGAAGCAGACGAGGCGGCGCUCACUUCUUCCCAGCGUCAACGAGGGAGCUUUGGCGCGAGUCAGUCGCUCUUGGACGGCAUGGAGCAGCAGUCGAACAGUGCGUUUCUGGCGGAAGACUGGCUGCGACAGGUGCUGCAGCUGCAGGCCAAGUACCUCGGAAAGCUCACGGAGCUGCAUCGCCAGAAGAACCUCGAGCCGGCAGGGCUCACGCUCGAGCAGCUGUUGACGACGCAAGUGGAGAGCAUGACGUUGGCAAACGACGAGCCGACGCCGGCGCUCGUGCGCUUUGAGAAGCUCCUGAGUCGGCAGAAACUGCUGAAACCGGAGCUCAAGAAGGCGCUGGACAAGCUUUGCUUGACGACCAUGCGGUCGUUCACACGGGCGAGCAGCCAGUCUGGCCCUGAGACGAUCUUUGACGACCGGGAAGCGCGAGAUGUGAUGCACUCACUCGUUCAGGAGAUUGUGAGUGCCGUGGCGGUCGAAGCGAAGCUGGUCAAGACGCUGCUGCCAGCGCUUCGUGUGUUUGUCGAGCACAUGGUCUUUAGCAGACUCGCGUGUGCGUGUUACCGCGGCACAGCUGCGGAUUUGGACGACCUCAAUACCUCGUGGCGCGAACAGACGGGCAAGAUGCGGAAGCCGAGCUUGAAGGAAGUUGGUUUGCCUGUCGAGGUUUUGGUCGAGGAGGCUCAGGAAGAGGAGAUCUUUAGCAAGUCUAUUGCUGCGUUCAACCAGAUCCCGCACCUCGUGCCUUCAAGCGUCCUCGUGUCGUUCAUGCGUGCAGUGUGCACGCUGUACAGCGAGGCGAAGGAAGGUCUUGGUCUGGACAGUGGCUGCAUCUCAGCGGAUGUGCUGCUGCCGUUGCUCGUGUAUGUCUUGAGUCGCUGCGAGCUGCCGCACUUGCACUCGCAAGUGUAUCUGAUGGAGCAGUAUGCUAUUGACGAGACUCAGGACGGGUCGGAAGCAGCGUACUACUUGGCGUGUUUGCAAGCUGCUAUGGGCUACAUCGUAGGAAAUGGAGUCGCUGACGACGUCGAGUCUCAGUAA